AUGUCCGACCUUGCUCGUCUCAUGCUAACUAUUGGGUCGUGGCUACGAAUGCGCCGCAGCCGUUGUUUUUUGCUCUUACUCUGUUCCCCUCUUUUCCUCCCUUUUCUCUGCGCCACUUUCCCCUUCCUUUGCAUAGCCGAAGCUUACGUUCGGAUUUGUCGGCGAAGAAGGAGCGGAAAGGCGGCGGCGACGUCGCAGGAAGAGGAGGAGAAUCAGCUGCGGCGAUGUGAAGAGGGUUGUUAUGGGGGUAAAGAAGAAGAGACGGAAGUUAGGCUGCUACAGAGGUAUUUAGAAGAUCAGUUGGCGCUCGUUGGAUCUGCUUAUGAAUGCGGCGAUGACUUUGAUCAUCAUGAUCAUCAUCAUCAAGAUGCUGAUCGUGAUCUUGACUGUAAAGUUGCACUUUUGAGUUAA